GAAACACUCAAUAAUACUAUAAAAUCCAUGCCACUUAGUGCACUCUGCAGUUUGUGCUGUGCCUGUUUAAGGAGCUGGAGCUGUUUAGCUAGGCUACCACCAGCCCAUAAACAUAAACACACACUGCACAUAAUUGUCAUAAGCCAGCAAACAGGAUUCUGUUACUGGUUUUCGUAGUGCGCCUGUGGUGUUUGAAAAAUAUUCGUUUGAACCUCCUCGAUCUUACCUAAAGCCAACCACUCCUACACAUCCAACUCUUCCAAAUUGAUAUAUGACAAUAUCUACUUUCGAUCACGUGUCUGCGGGGCGACUUAGACGGAUUGCGCGUCAUCUCGCCUUCCCAAAUUUUUCCCUUCUGCUGCAGCUCGUAUCCAAAACAUCUAUCUAUAGCACGGAGUACGAGAGAGAGAAAGAUGUUUAACUCUGUGAAUCUGGGCAACUUCUGCUCCCAGACGCGCAAAGACCGGACAUCCGAGUUUGGGGACAGGACGGGCUGCGCGUCCAACAUCUACCUCCCCAGCUGCACCUACUACGUCCCCGAGUUUUCUGCCGUCUCCUCGUUUCUUCCGCAGGCCCCGUCCCGGCAAAUCAGCUACCCUUAUUCCACAAAUCUGUCUCAAGUGCAGCCGGUACGGGAAGUUUCUUACGGCUUAGACCCUGCUAGUAAAUGGCACCACAGAAGCAAUUAUGCAUCGUGCUACUCGGGAGAGGAUCUGGUGCAUAGGGACUGUCUUCCUCCAUCCACCAUGACAGAAAUGCUUAUGAAGAACGAGAGCGUGUACAGCCACCACCAUCACCAUCACACCCAUCCGGGCUCCAAUCACCCCUCCACAGGUUUUUACUCCGGCGUGGGGAAAAACAACGUCCUCCCGCAAGGUUUCGACCGCUUUUUCGAGACCGCAUACUGCAGCAGCACGGACAAUCAGUCAGACAAUUGUUUACAAAAGGGCGAGGGGGGAAAACUGGAAAGCGACUCCCAGCAGCAGCAGUCUGCACAGCAGCAGCAGCAGCAGCAGCAGCAGCCGCCGACAGCCUCCGUACCCGGAGCUCCGGAGCAGGAAAAAGACCCAGAGGAUGAGGAGGAACAUACAAAUUCAGGCUCAUGCACUUCUUCCUCCGCAACAACCAAGGACGGGAACGCCAACAAGAGCAGCCACACGAGCACCCCUCGCACAAGGAAGAAGCGGUGUCCAUACUCCAAGUUUCAGAUUCGAGAGCUGGAGCGGGAAUUCUUCUUUAACGUUUACAUCAACAAAGAAAAGAGGCUUCAGCUGUCCCGAAUGUUAAACCUCACCGACCGCCAGGUUAAAAUCUGGUUUCAGAAUAGAAGAAUGAAAGAGAAGAAGCUGAGCAGAGAUCGCCUGCAGUACUUCUCUGGAAACCCCCUACUGUGAGCUGGAGCAGAGAGUGUCACAGUCUUGGUCAGUGACUUUAAGGAAAGGCCUACUCCAAUCUCAUUGAAUUGUAUUCUUGGGCAUAACCAUUUUCUAAAGGAGCCCAUAUCACCAACAGUGCAAUGUUAAAGUGGACAGUGGGAGUAGCAGGCCAGCAUGGGAUGAAGUCGCCAUUUUCUUGUUACCAAAAAGGCGGCUAUGAGUUUGUAACUGAUUCCCAGAAAGGCCCACAUGGUUAGAAUAAUCAUUUAUAUGCCCUUCUUGAAUAUGUCCCCUCUAUUUAUCACGAGUCCCAAUUGUGUUUAUUCUAUUGUUCCUAUAGACAUAUUUGUUGAUAAUAUCAAAUGUACCAGUUUGAAUCCUCCUUGCGCAGACAACGUUUCGCUCUUCCCCUUUCCCCCCUCUGGUCUUUGUAUAUAGCAAAUCCUUAUCUAAUUAUUUCUCGGCCAGAGUAUAUGAGCAAGUUAUAGUAAAUCUCCAAGGCUGCAUUUGUUUCGCCAGUGAGAUCUGUGACGUCCAAUCUGUGAAAGUAUACCCUCCUGUACAGAGCAGCCUAUGCAAUGUGCAUUCGUGAUUGUAAAUAGGCGUAUGUUGAAUUACCCUUUUACCCACCCAUGCUGCUUUUUUUUUUAUUUUCAAUACAGUUGCCCCUACGACUUAAACAGCUUUAACACUCGUUAAAUUAUUUGCUUCAAAACAUUGGUGCUUUGGAUUCCAGAGAGGAAGAACAGACUGUCGGCCUGUGUAUCAUUAAUAUAAUACCUAUAAAAUAAACACAAACGUAUAGGCAAACCUCAA